UAUAAACGGUAUACCCCCCUUGAGAAAAUAAUAACUAAUUAAGAUGGUUAGCAAAUAAUGCAAGCAUAAUCCCAAAUCAUAUAAAUAAAGUAUUUACAUUAAACCCUGCAGGUUCGGUGCACACGCGCCAGGACCGAGUCUCUCUCCCUCUCCCAACCGUUUCCCUCCAAAUUCUAAACGGCCCCUCGUCGUUAAAUCAACCCCCCUUAAAAGCCCAAGAAUUUAAACCAUCAUUAAAAACUCAUUAAAACCCCAUAAGCCACAACUUUAUUUGCAGUAAAUACUCUUGUUACCCUUAAUAUAAAUACAAACCACAUAAAGAGACGGAGGGAGAAGCAAAACAACAAGGGACUUGUACAUUCUUCCUUCUCUUUGUCUCUUCCUCCGUUUCCUUUUCUUUAUUCUCAUCUUUAGACCUCUCUCUCUCUCUCUCUCUCAUCAAGAUGUCAAAUUCACUGCAAUUAUUCUCUCCUUUAAGGCCAAUGCAAUUUAAAGAAGAGAAAGAGGAGAGCUCAUCAUCUUCUUCUUCUUCUUUGCGUGAAGAGAAAGUUCAAGUUAAAGAAAAGAGGUUUGAUAGUGAUCAUGGUCAUGAUCAUGAUGAUGAUGGUUAUCAUACACCAACUUCUCCGAGCCACCGGAUUCCGGUUGCUCUUGAAUGCCCUCCGGCGCCCAAGAAGGCUUCUCUCCGGCGACGGUGCAAGAAGAGGAAGGCUUGCUGCCUCAUUGAAGUCAAGGACGUGGAGUUGAUCUUUGCUGCAAAGAUCAAUGAUGGCGAUAGGAGCAAGAAGGUCAAAGAAGAAAUCGUUGCUAAUGAAUGAUUUUAUAUUGUGUGUUCACGUAAAUUAAACAGAGAGAUAGAUGAUUUUUUUUCUCCUUUUUUUUAAUGAUUUAUAAUGGAUUGUUUUGAUCAAUUUUAUCUUAUUUUUGUGUGUGUGUUUUUAGUUUUUGGAUUGUUUGAUAUUUGGGUUUGUAAAGGAAAGGAAAAGUUUUUUUUUUUAUGUUUGGAGUGCCAUAGGAUUCUCUUUGUAAUAGAAGUUUUUAUGUUUGUCAAUAGGAAUUAGUUUCUCUUUCUUCUUCUAGAGUUUGCAAAGGAUAUUAUCUUGGUGAAGAAUUGAAGUUGGUGUAUGUGCAGAAAAUAUAGCCUCCUAACCUUUUGCAUAUAGGUUAAUCCUUUAUGUAUAUAUUUGGAUUGUUUUGAUCAA